UCGCCCCCCCACCUCUCACACGGGUUCUUUCAAGAUAUGUCGACAGUCCUCGGUACGGUCGUCAUUGCUCGUCAUGGUGAUAGGCUUCUCUUUCCUGAGGACCCAUACACCUAUAAGGGUCCGUCUACCGAAAGCACCCCUUUUGGACAGAGUGAAUCGCAUCAACUGGGCUCAACACUUCGUUCGCUCUACCUGAACCCAGCUUCCGCGUCUCACAUUUCCGGAAUUAGCCAUGACCUGGUGAACACCAAACAGAUACGAGUCUACGCCAAGAACGGUGGUGAAGGCAACGUUGUUUUCGACUCGGUGAUAGCACUUCUUCAAGGCAUGUUUCCGCCCACCGAAAGGAACGUAUUGACACUUGCCGAUGGAACUACCGUCAUGGCACCUUUGGGCGGGUACCAGUACGUUCCAGUCGAGACGGUAGAACCAGAGAAUGAUAGGUCAUUGGAGAGUUGGAUUGAUUGCCCCGCGUUCAAGCAACAUAUACAGAAAUUCUACAAAUCUGACGAGUUCAAGCGCAAAGCGGAAGAAUCGAAGCCUAUCUUGGAUACAUUCAAAGAUUACGUCUUUGGCCGUUCGUUAACGCUCGAGAAUGCUUGGAAUCUCUACGAUUACAUCAACACUCAACUCACGUACAAUCAGACGUACGCCUUUCGCUUACCUCCACACAUAGUCGACAACGCUCGGAGUUUAGCCAACUAUCAUGAGAAUGGCAUUUUCUCAGAUAAGGAAUCUUCAGGCAUUGGCAAUAUCGCGGGUAGAACCAUGCUACACCUCGUUCUCGAUGCCCUCGAGCGUAUGGGUUUCGAGGAGAAUCCUCUAAAGUUCUCUCUCAUCGAGACAACCUAUCAGCCAUUCAUCUCGUUUUUCCACGAAGUCGAAGCGGUACAAGAAAAUCCGGCUUUGAAGGCCAUUCCCAACUUUGCAUCUGCGAUUGCAAUUGAGCUUCGAAAGACAACACCUCCUGAUAUUCGCCCGAUGAUCAGAUUACGGUUCAAGAACGGUACCCAAGCCGAAUGGGAGACGUUACAUGCCUAUGGUCACCGUGGUGAUAUCCCGCUGACGGAGUUUAUCUAUCGGGCGAAGGGAGGUGCUGUAUUCAACAACAAACACUGGGCGCAAGUGUGUGGUGUGUCUGGCAACGGAAAGGGUGCACAUACAUAUGUUGCCCAUUGCGGAUUCGGCACGCUGGCUGUCUUUCUGUUGUGUUGCAUGGUUUGGUUUGUCAAGCGGAGGAGUUCUCGACAGAGGGCUGCAGCGGUUCAGGUUGAUGAGAAGGCCUAUUUCUAAGGGCGUUGCGCCACAGUGGAACGCAGAGCCGAUGCAGUGGUUAAUUUUUCAUCGGCAAUUUCUUCAUGAAUGUUAGGGUCGUUUGAACAUUGUAUUUAGUGCGAUGAAAGAAAACAUUUAACAUUUCCAUUCCCAAUA